UUCGUAAUUAUCCAUCCCAAGUUUUAAAUUGAUGAAAUUAAAAUAAGAGAAUUGGUAUUAUUAUUUUAUUCGAUAUUUUAUCAAUGACAUGUCAAAUAAUGCUGUAUCACUUUCUUUUUUAUUUGCGGCACGAUGUGUAUUCGAAUAAGCUGCCAAGUUAUUUCAUCUGGUAGCAUUUAAAUCUUCGUAUCGCUAAGAAAUUCGCGGUUACAUUUGCGCGUCACGAUAUAUCUUAUCUCGCGAAUGAGAAGAGCAAAUCGAUAAGCGUACCGUAUCAGCUGUUUUAUAAUCCCCACCAGUAAUGCUCCCUUAAAUUCGCUAUUCGCUACCUGUAUUCUAUAUCCUCACGGCCAUGUUACACGGAUGUACAAGAGGAAUGAGGACGCGAUAAUCUUCGCGAUAAAUGAGAUUUUAUUGAAGUCUUUGAGCAGAUAUUCUAUGCUGCAAAACCUGUGAAUUGUACGGGACAAUUCACAAAGCAUGGCAUGGCACUGCAACGGCACUACAAAUCAAGAGAUGGUGACAAAGCUGAAAGAUUAUUUACAGAUGCUGGCAUAUUGGCAACGGAUAAGGCAGAAGCUGCAAUGCUCGCUGUUGACAGAGCAAAAUAUUGCCACGAAUCGGAUCCUUAUCUUGAUCGUCCUAGAAGAAUUGGUUACAAUGUGACAAUCAGUGCACCACAUAUGCAUGCAUAUGCAUUAUCAAUUCUCUCCGAUCAACUCUUUGAUGGCGCCAAGGCACUUGAUGUUGGUUCAGGCUCAGGCUAUCUAUCAGCCUGCAUGGCUUACAUGGUAGGUUCAAACGGAUGCGUAAUUGGUAUCGAGCAUAUUCCUGAGCUCAUAGAGAUUUCUACUAGGAAUGUGCGCGAGGACAAUCCUCAUUUUCUCAAGGAAAACCGCAUCAAAUUCAUCGUGGGAGACGGCAGAUUGGGACAUGCUGCUGACGGCCCUUACAACGCUAUACAUGUUGGAGCAGCAGCCAAUACUUUACCGCAAGAGGUAAAUUUGAUAAACCAACUAGCUCCAGGAGGUCGACUAAUAUGCCCGGUCGUGGCUAUAGAAGGUUUUCAAAGGUUUCAAGAUCUACUGCAGGUGGACAAGAAUACAGAUGGCACAAUCACGAAGAAGAAACUGAUGCAAGUCUCUUACGUUCCUCUAACAGAUCCUACUACUCAAUUACGUAAUUAGAGUUUUUAGAAUGAAAUCUCUUUACAGCGAACGCAUAAUUCGAGCAAGCGGUUAAACAAUCCGUCGAUGAACGAUAAUCGGAAUUUGUAUUAAUGAACCAAUUUUUUUGAUGCAUGCAUAAAUAUGAAACAUGCUCCGUUUUCGAGAGAUUAGGAAUAUAAUAAAUUAUAUUUUACAUAUA